UUAUUCAGAUAAAAGUAUAUGAAUUUAAAAUCAAGUCGAGCUGCACAGUUUUUUGGUUGCCGCGUCGAUAUGGGUCUCUGUCGUUUGUUAACCAUAAUUUACAUUGCUUUAAUUUGCCAGUGGACAUUGGUAGACGCAAACCCAUUAGUGCCAAAUUCUGAUAUAAGCGAGGUAAACAAUGAUAUAGAACCACGCGGCGGUAAAGUUGAGCCAUGGGUUGAUAUAAAUUCUGCACCUUUUGACGUUGUUUUAAAUCUAGACGAAUUAAGCCUCAUCAAUGUACUAAAUAGGAAAAAACGUUCUGAAAACCAUACAGACCUCAAUCCGCGUUUCUUAGAUGCUAUAAUCGGUGGAAUUGGAAAUGUGGUGGGCGGAGCCGGAGAUCUAGUGGAAAGUAUUUUGGGUCCGUCAGCUGGCGGCAUUGUUUCAGUUGUUGGUGAUGUAUUAGGUAAUGUCUUAGCACCAAUAGGGAAUGUAGUGGUGUUUGUUGGAAACCUAGUAAGCUCCAUUCUUAGUCCACUUGGUAAUUUAGUUGCAUUGCUUGGGGAUGUAUUAGGACUUAUUUUUGGUCCUUUCGGUAGUUUUCUAAAAACUAUAGUGGCAAAUGUUUUGACUCAACUUGCCCCUACUGUAGGAGCUAUUGUUUUAGCACCUGUGCAGUCAUUGUUGUUUUGGAUUAUUGAUACGGUAUUUCCUUUCUAAAUGAUGUUAUACGUAGGUAAAAUGCUGCAAUGUAAUAAGUCCCAAAUAAAGUUUACCAAUGUUCGUGUUUUAAAAA